AUGUUUACUGAUUUCUCAAUCAUGCCUGAAAUCGAACACUCUGGUUGUGUGGUGGAUUUACUAUCCAAGGCUGGAUUUUUAACACAAGUUGUUGAGUUUAUAAACAAAAUGUCAGUGAAAGCGGAUGUUGUUAUAUGGACCACUUUACUUGGUGCUUCCAAAGUUUAUAAGAAGGAGGAGGUUGGAGAGCUUGCUCUUGAAGAGUUGGUCAAGCUUGAACCGAGAAACCCUUCGAACAUAUAUGGAGAUCUCGGGAGGCCUGUGAUGCUGCGAGGCUAA